AUUUCAUUCAAAAUGACUGAGGGUCGACCAUCUUAUAUCUUAGGUCAAUCAGAGUUUUAUUUUGAAAUUCACAACCGGAACUUGUAUUAUUUACGCUGCUUACUUUGAUCGGGGCACUUUUUUGACAGCUAGCAUGUUAGCAGCGGUAUGUUAGCCAGCCGAAACUCUUCAGCUAACAUGUCCGUAAAAUAGUCCGCACGAAGUCAAGAGUACCGAGAGUUUUUGUUGGUUUAGUUCGUGAACUUUUCUCUGUCCGAAGAUGUUUUCAUCUGCCUGGAAUUUUGUUAAACGCCACAAAAGGAAAUUUAUUUUCGCCGGAGCUGUAGUUGGAGGCGUGUACUUCCUGGGUAAAUAUGCCCAGAAGAAGAUCAGGGAGCUCCAGGAGAAGGAGGCGACGGAGUACAUUGCUCAGGCAAGAAGGCAGUUCCACUUUGAAAGCAACCAGAGGACGUGCAACAUGACAGUGCUGUCCAUGCUCCCUCCACUGAAAGAAGCCAUCGUCAAUCAACUGAACUCAGAGAGUCUCACUGCACUACUCAAGACCAAACCGGCCAAUAAACUGGAGAUCUGGGAAGAUUUAAAGAUCAUCAGUUUCACUCGCACCAUCGUCGCCGUGUACAGCACCUGCAUGCUGGUGGUUCUGCUGAGAGUCCAGCUGAACAUCAUCGGAGGAUAUCUGUACCUGGACAACUCUGUAGGAAAGAACGGAACGACUGCUCUCGCUCCCCCGGACGUCCAGCAGCAGUACCUGUCCAGUAUCCAGCAUCUACUAGGAGAUGGUUUGGCAGAGCUGAUGACGCUGGUGAAGAAAGCCGUGCAGAACUCACUGGGAGGCCUGUCUCUGAAGCAGAGUCUGUCCCUGCUGGAGCUGGAGCAGCAGCUGAGCUGGAUCAGGGCGGAGGUGGAGGCCGGCUCGCAGCGCUCGCUCUCCUGGUUCAUGCUCGCCGACGACGAGAACGCGCUCGCCGACCAGGCGUGUGGGCUGACGGAGAACGACCGCAUGACCAUCAGACUGCUGAACGAGACCAGAGACAUGUUGGACAGUCCAGACUUCACCACUGUCCUGAACGCCUGUCUGAACCGCGGUUUCUCCCGUCUCCUUGACAACCUGGCCGAGUUCUUCCGCCCGCCUCCCGGAGACUCCGCCCCCAGCUGUGCACCUGACAGUCUGUCUGCGGUCAGUCUGCCGCUGGCGAAGAUCAUCCCCAUCAUCAACGGUCAGAUCAACACCAUCUGCAGUGAAACUCCGAGUCACUUUGUUCAGGAUCUGCUGCUCAACGACCAGGUGAAGGAGUUUGCAGCCAACGUCUACGAGACCUUCAGCGCGCCGCAGGAGCUGCAGAAAUAACCGAGAAGAAGAAGAAGAAAGGAAGAAGAAGAGCGGGGUGAGAAACAAACAAUAAAAGCCUUGGACGCUUCACCCCUCCCUCCUCUCUGUGAGACUGUUCGCUCUGCGCCGGUGGAAAACGUCCACAACAAAAACAUUCCCAGGAGCGCCUGUGUCCCGUCUGCGAGCGGCGGCCAUGAUGGAUUACGGAGGCGGUGGAGGAGGGAGAGACACCUGCACCAGGUUCACAGUCACAGCAGAGUCUGCCACGAUGAACCCUGGAGACCACCGCAUCAGGGGGACUGGAGUCCUGUAAUGUCGUUUUAAAUUCACCCCGAGAGGCGGGAAAAUGCUGAAACUGUCAAAGUGCGGUGACGGAUCAGAGGCCGAUGACAACAUGAGUUUAAUUAGUUCCAGGUUUUAGGACUUUCUUCUUUUCUAUCAGCAGUGGUGAGUGUUUUCAUGUCUGUUCUCUGUGUGGCUCCACAUCAGAAGGUUUGCACUGUGUUAAUUUCUUUUCUUAUCAUGUAAUCCAGGGGGGGGGGGGGGCUGAUGGUCAGUGUUUUACAUCUUUCUUUUUUUUUGUCAUGGUGGAAAAACAUCUGCAGCAGCUUGUGAGAUAUUUGAGGAUGUUACAACUUCUAAAAACAGAUAAUCACAGGAGGACGACUCCCACAGCUCCAAGUCUUAUUCCUAAUGAAACAUCAAACUCGUAUCAGUCCAACUAGUUGAUGACUUGUUGCUCUUUCUGCCUCUAAACACAACGACGCAGCAGCAGAACAAACUUCCUCUCAUCUCAAAUCAUCCAAAAAUAAAACGAGGAGCAGAUUUAAAAACGUUCCUUCAGUGUUUAAACUGAUGUUUUACUCGCGUUAAAAUCCUGUUUCUCUGGUGUUUGUCCAGCAGAGGGCGUUCUUCUUCUGCUGUUGUAGGAAUGUCCUCACCCUCCUCCUCACCCUCCUCCUCACUCUCCUCCUCACCCUCCUCCUCACCCUCCUCCUCACCCUCCUCCUCACCCUCCUCCUCACUCUCCUCCUCACCCUCCUCCUCACCCUCCUCCUCACCCUCCUCCUCACUCUCCUCCUCACCCUCCUCCUCACCCUCCUCCUCACCCUC